AAAAUCACGUUGCUCAUGGCCUAUCGCACACAGUGGGUCUGUGCCAUUCUUGGGGAAGUCAACAUUAUCAUCAUCUGGAGCACCAAGUUUGACACGUGAAACGGUCGUUGCAAGGCCAUGCAGAAUCCCCCAAAAUAACAAGUCUAGGUAGAACUAAGAGGUGCUGCUUUCUGAUAGAAGAAUAGAAUUAUCAAUAUAAUUAGUCAAAAAAGAAAACGGACGUGCGGUGCUCUUACCGAAGAUGUUUCUGUCCAUUUGAAUACCUGGCAAGCGAGCGGCUCGGUCAAAGAACAACGCACAGUGCCAACCGAGUGGCAGGGAGGAAGAUGAAGGCAGUUCCCUCGCGGGACGCGGCUGACGCAAACGCUGGAAUACAGCUGACCACCGGGCUGGAUUCCGCGUCGUCGUAGGCGGCAGGACACACCGGAUCGAGCUCACACGACUUGUCACGGGCCCCACACUUGCCCGCGAGUGUGGCCGCAGCCGUUAUGGCGUCAAAGAGCGACUUCGAUCCGGCCGUGCACUGGUUUCCGGACUUGGACAGCCGGACGCGAGGAUGGCCGCUCGUAGGCAACCCAAUCCCACUGAUCGCCAUCUGCGUCCUUUAUGUCUACGUUGUCAAAAUUGUGGGCCCCAAGUGGAUGGCCGACCGAAAGCCCUUCGAACUACGCGCCCUCAUGGCCGUCUACAACCUCGCGCUCGUUCUCUUGAACAGUUUCUUCGUCUGGACAUUUGUGCGGCACGGCUACAUCGCAAAGGGCUACAAGAUCGUCGGUCAGGGCGUCGACUUCUCGACCGACCCUCUCACCAUGCACAUCGUCCACCUCACGUGGUGGUACUACGUUCUCCGCCUGGUCGAGUUCCUGGACACGGUGUUCUUCGUGAUGCGCAAGAAGUACGCCCAGGUGACGGCGCUGCACGUAUUCCAUCACGUGGUGGUCGCCUGGAACAUGUGGAUGAACGUCACAUUCGGCGGCCAGGGCCAGACCAUGUUCGUCACCGUGGUGAACUCGAGCGUGCACGUGGUCAUGUACACCUACUACUUCCUGUCGGCGCUAGGCCCGGCCUUCCAGCGGUACAUCUGGUGGAAGCGCUACCUCACCCAGAUGCAGCUCACCCAGUUCAUGACCGUCUUUCUGCACAGCUUGUCCUACCUGCUCUACAAGGAAGACGCCAUCCCGGGAUUCACACUUGUCAUGGUCCUCGAAGCAGUGGUGUUCCUGCUGUGGUUCCUGUCCUUCUACAGCAACGCGUACCGCAAGGGCGGUCGCAGCACGCUGGACAUGGUCACAAACACGGCGGUCGCGGCAAAGGAAGCACUCGCCAAGGUUGCCACCUCAUGCUGCCCCGAGUCACUGGACGAGAACAAGGACGACUGAGCCGCACUGACGGGCCCGCCAUGUUUGGCGGAUCCGCAGAGAACGAGUUUCGGGUGGACGCAACAGUAGCUCACAAUGCAAGGAUCUGAGUCGCUGCAUAAGGAGUGAUCAAAUAAAUGGCAGAGGAAAAAUCGAAUGCCUCGAGCUCGCCAGCACAUGUUCACUUGGUUGCACUACGGCUGCCGUGGAUCUUGCUAUACGUACUUGUGAGCCCGUUGCAGAAACCCCGGAACUUUUUUUUCCAGUUGUCCUCAGGAAUGUAACAAACAGCAUCCCUUCACUUAUUCUGUGUCUGCUUUUACGACUUUUUUUUUUUUUUCAUCGUGUAUGGUCUCAAACUGAAAGUGUCACGCGAGUCGGCGUCUGCGGUUGUGCCCACUGUGUUGUAAGUAAAGACU